AUGAAAUUAAGUAGUUCAGACAGUGGAUCGAUAAGUACCAAUUGUUCUAGUAAAAAAACAAUCAACUUCAUCAAACGGAACAAGAUGAAUGUAGCGAUAAAUUCAAAAAAAAGGGUUUUGAGUGAAUCUGACAAAUGGAAUCCUGGAACAAAAAUUGACGCCAAUUAUUACAAAAGAAAGGCUCCCGUCGGUUCUAAUAAUUUCCUGCCUAAAUCCCUUCAAAUUUCAAAUGAAAAAAUCAUUGCCAAUGACAAUUAUAGACAGAGUAAAUAUGGUAAAAAAUCAUUACACGAUGAACUAAAAUCCAAUCUAUUGGAUAUUAGAAGAAUUGAUUCAUUGCCUGGUGGUGAUAAUAAGUUGCUAGACCCCAAAACCUGGUCAAUUGGUUCAAAUGUAGAACCAUUGAAAUUGUGCCGUGCGGGAUAUACGAUUGAGAAGUAUCCAAAGAAAAUAGGGAGAUUGGGAAUGAUUUUUAAUGCAAUAAAAAACGAUGAUGGGUGUAAAUUUAUUGUGAAGAUGAUCAACAAGAAUGCACUAGUUGAAAAAAAUAUAUCCACACUCAUAUUUUCAGGGGUUUCAAUACAAAUGUCAAUUAGUAACAUUAACAUAUUACACAUUGAGUGCUUGAUGGAGGAAGAUGAACAUUUGUAUAUUGUUAUGGAGAAUGCAACAAAUGGAUCGUUACGUAAUUUAAUUCAAUUAAAUCCAGGGACGCUAUCAUUUCAGCAAGUUGCCAGUUAUGUAAUACAAAUUGCUAAAGCUCUUGAGUAUUUGCACAAAAACGGCAUUGCACAUUUGGGAAUCAAUUCUGGGAAUAUAUUAAUAUCACGCCCAAUGGAUUCAACAGAUGAUAGCGGACUAUAUGGUUAUGGAGUGGUGAAAUUGUCAAAUUUUACUUACUCAACAAGAAAUACGGUAACACUCAUACGACGGGCACACGAAGAUAUUGAAUAUUUAGCACCAGAAGUUAUUGGAAAUAAAGAAUUUUGUGGUUACAAAGCCGAUACCUGGUCGUUUGGCAUAGUUGUAUUUGAGUUGUUAACGGGAAGGUAUCCAUUUAAUCAAUAUGUAUCCAAGGAAUGUUUGAGUAUGCAGAUUAUGAAGGGAAACAUACAAUUCCCAGUAAACAGCCCAUUGCCACAGGAUGCAAUAGAUUUAAUAAGAUCCAUGUGUCAACAAGAUCCGAAUGGCAGAAUGGGUCUAGAAGAAAUUGCUAGUAAUAAUUGGUUAAACAAAUUAUUGAAUUUUAGUUAG